GAGCCUAGAGAGAGAUCAUCUCUACAGACGGAGGGGACGAAUCAUUCAGGGCCACAAGAAGUGUAUUUCAUAUAGUUAAUCAUUUCUCUGGUGCUGGCAGAGUGUGAGCAUGUCUGCUGCUGUGACUCUAGGGCUGCUGUUCUUCCUGUCUGCGAGACUGAACAAGCAGGUGGCCGAGAGCUGCAGCUGUUUUCCAGGACACCCUCAACAGAUGUUCUGCAUGUCUGACAUAGUGAUGCGAGCUGAGGUAACUGGGGAGAAGAUCAUACAGAGCGAUGACAAUACACCUGGCAUGGGAAAAAUUCAGUAUGAAAUCCAAGUUAUAAAGGUGUUCAAGGGUUUUGAUAGAAUAAAGGAAAUUCAACAUGUCUAUACGAACGAGAUGUCUUCCAUGUGCGGUACUAGACUGGGUCGUGGACAGUAUCUGCUUUCAGGAAGCAACACCCCUGAUGGUAUCUUUGUUACACUGUGCAACAAUCUUGCACUCUGGGACAGACUCUCCUUAAUACAAAAAAAUAACAUCGAAAACACAUAUCUGAUGGGCUGUAACUGCACGAUUUCUACCUGCUUCGAAAAGCCCUGUAAACCCAGCACAAAAAAUGAGUGUAUACUGACAAACUUGUCAUCCUUAUGGUCAUUUAAGAAUGGAGAACCAAUUCUCGAGUCUGCCUGCAUCAGACACAGCGAUGGCUCCUGCGGCUGGUAUGAAGGAACCGGCAAACCUUCUGAAAAUGACACCAUGAAUGUGUCUGGUGUCUGAUGGCCAAGAGCACGAGUGGGUUUCGCUGUAAAAUAAGUUGCUUGAUGCUGUCCGAGAAGACAGAAGAUGUAAACAAAUGUAAACACAUGCAAGCCCUUUAACCUGCUAUACUUUCUUAUAGACACACAGAACACCUUAAGGCCCAUUCCCACCAAGGACGAUAACUAUAAAGAUAACGAUAAAGAUAUAGUUCUAAAAAAUUUUCUCAGUAUUAAAGAAUAGCAGAGUCCACACCACAACUGUAACGAUAAAGACAAAGAGAAACGAUAUUGUUGGAAUCAUUUUCACUACUUUUUACAGGGCCACAGACCACUCUAGCUUUGCCUGGCUAAUCAGUGACUUGCAUUAUAAUAAACAGUGCUGGAUUUUUAGCAUGUCAUAUUUAUACUACAAUAUGAUGACAUAUCCUCUCCAUUAGGUCCCAAUCAUUUGAUUUUCUAUUUAAAAAUGAAUAAAGAAAAAUGAAGAAGCUAA